GCAGCACCCUGGCAGGGAUGGGAGGCUGAAACUGCUUGUACAGGAAAACUGGGCUCGGUUCUGUCCAAAAUAUUCCAUAUUUCAGUCCUUUAUUGCAAAAACUCAACCCCUCAAUUCCUGCCACCACCAGCAAGGCAGGCCAGUGCUGGCUCUGGAAUCCCCCAGUGCCUCCAGCCCCCAUCCCCUGGUGCCACCAUGGAGUAAAGAACACGAUUCCUUCCUUUCCCACUUGCAGAUGGUGCACAGAGGUUGGUGAUUAUUGCUUCACUGAUGCCAGUAAUAAGCUAAAAUAUCUUGAAAAGAGCCUCUCUCCCUGGCAGCUGCAGACAAGAUCCCAGCUCAGAUAUGGUUAAUUACUUCAUUUUCCUUCCCUUUCCAUAGCCAAGGAGUGAAAUGGUUGCCCCAUGAUCACAACCCAGGCUCCAAGCAAGGCAGGAAAAGCAGAGUGACUGCACUGGUGUUAUCUGACCCAGUGUGGGCUGAGUGCUUCUUAUCAGAGGGAAAGUUGAGACUAGAGUAGAAAGGCAGAAAAGGGAAAAAAACUCACCCAUAAAGCAGUAGCAAGGCCAGAGAGCAACUGCUCUACCAGGCACACCACUGAAUUAAAGCACUUGUAUUUUAAAGAUAUGAGGGGAAAAACCAUUAAACAAUUCUGUGUGGUUGUGUUAGAGAGAGCCAGGCAGAGUGCUGUGCCCCAGACACCAGAGCACAGAGCACUGCUGCCCUGCCACCAGGCUCCUGCCCUGCUUUUGUCCCAGCUGAGGCUCUGGCAGGGCAGCAUUUCCCCAUCUCUGGUACUGCAGGAUGGAGAUCCCAGCCCAGACCAAGGCUGGGAAUGCUUUAUCCCCAUGGCACAGGAUCCCCAGCAUGGAAUGUGCUGCUGCUGAGGCUCAGGGUGUUCUGUGGGUUUUCCCCAAGAUUAUAUUCAUUUAAAAGCCAGAACAGAGCUCUUGCAAAACCCAAAGGAGGAACCACAGCAGCAAGGCCACUGAUUUCUCUGCAGAAAACACAUCCAGUGUUUCCCUGCAAUCCUCCCUGUGCCCCUUGGGGCUGAGGUGGCUGCACCCCACAGAUGGGUCCAGCUCCCUCAGCUGCUCACAGACAAAAAGAAAAGAGAUUAAAAACUCAGCCCUGCCUCAGCAGAGCACUCCUGGGGCUGUUUGGGUGCAAUGCUGAGUCCCUGCUGCCAGCAGCCCGUGGCAGGAGCUGCUUUGGGGCACUCAGGACAAGUGUGGGUGCCCCCCAUGCCAGGCUGGGUCACAUCCCUGCAGGAAUAAAGGACAAUGUUUAACCACCUGCACUGGGCUCCCUCUGAUGUUCUCCAAGUGAAACUUGAUGCUGCUCAGCAAAGACACACCUCUUCCAGGGUGUUGUGCAAAAUUCUGCAUUUUAAUGUAGGACAGGAAAUAUGAAAAGAGCCGGGCAGAACCCAAACAGCCCCGCUGGCCAGGCCGAGCAGCAGGGAGCAGAGCAAAGCCUUUGCUUGGCUCAUCCAUCCACCCACCCGUGAUUUUCCAGGGCUCUGGAAGCUGCAGCUCCGCCGCUCACAGUGGGAUGGGUCGGUUGCAAAAGAUUCUGAUUCCCUUUCUGGGAUUGGUUUUGGCCUUCUGGUUCUAUUCUGCGAGGGACACUUUCAAACCGGAGAUGCUGCGGGGGAAGCGGGUGAUCGUGACGGGAGCCAGCACAGGGAUUGGGGAGCAGAUGGCUUAUCACCUGGCACGGAUGGGCUCCCACGUCCUCGUCACUGCACGGACAGAGGCCAAGCUGCAGAACGUGGUGCAGCGCUGCCUGCAGCUGGGAGCAGCCUCGGCGCGCUUCGUCAGCGGCACCAUGGAGGACACAGCCUUCGCCCAGCGCGUGGUGAGGGAGGCACAGACCUCGCUGGGAGGCCUUGACAUGCUGAUUCUUAACCACGUUGGUGCAUCCUACUUUGGCUUCUUUGAUGGGGACGUGGAGCACGUCCGAAAGCUCCUGGAAAUCAACUUCCUCAGCUACGUGGCCAUGACCACGUCAGCCCUGCCCAUGCUGAAGGAGAGCGAGGGCAGCAUCGUGGUGGUUUCAUCCAUGGCAGGUAAAGUCGGGUUUCCCUUUACCGUCCCCUACUCUGCGACUAAGUUUGCCCUGGAUGGAUUUUUCAGCUCCCUGAGGCAGGAAUUCGCCAUUCAGAGCAUUAAUGUUUCCAUCACGCUCUGCAUCCUCGGCUUCAUCGACACCGAGCGCGCAGUGCGCGCUGCCGCGGAGGUGCUGCAGGAGCGGCCGGCGCCGCGGGACGAGUGCGCUCUGGAGAUCCUCAAGGGCGCGGCGCUGCGCCGGAGGGAGCUCUACUACCGCUACAGCUCCACGCGGCUGCCGCUGCUGCUGCGGGACUGCGCCGCCGAGCUCCUGGAUUACCUGGUGCGGAGCCGCUACCGCCUGCCCGCGCCCCCCGGCGCCCCCCGCCCGCCGCACUGAGCCGGGAGGGUCCCGGGCACCCCCGUCCGUGCCCGGCAUCGCCACCGGGAGCGUCCCCGGGCACCCCGUCCGUGCCCGGCAUCGCCGCCGCCCGGUCCGUGAUGCGCUGGCGGCACCCGCAGGGACAGAACGGGGCCGGCAGCGGCGGCUCCGUGCCCUGCUCGCCCCCGCCCGGCCGCGGAGCGAUAAUUAUUGUUAAUUGUUAAAUAAAGUGUAGUAACCGGACA